AUGGCUAUUAUUCCAGCUAGACGUCUCAUAGCUGUUAUCACAGGUGCUAGUUCUGGAAUUGGUAGAUGCACAGCAGAAUAUUUUGCUGAGAAAGGUUAUUGUUUAUCAUUAAGUGGACGAAAUGAAAGGGGACUAGAAACUACAAUGAAUAACUGCAAUAUGAAAGGCUUAAGCAAAGAUUCGAUUUUAAUUACCGCAGGGGAUUUAACUGAUGAAAAUACUGCUUCAUCCUUCAUUGGACGUACGAUGGAAAAGUUUGGACGAAUUGAUACUUUGAUUAAUGGUGUAGGAACUUUGAUCUCAGGAGACGUGAAAGACUGUUCUAUGAAAGAUUAUGACAACUUAAUGAAUACAAAUGUCAGAAGUAUCGUUCAACUGACUCAGAAAGCUAUUCCACAUCUUAUCAAAACCAAAGGUUCAAUCGUGAACGUGAGUAGCAUCAAUGGUCCUUGUUCCUUUGGAGGCGUGGGAUUUUAUUGCAUGUCAAAAGCAGCUCUUGAUCAAUUCACAAAAUGCCUAGCAAUUGAACUGGGUCCUGAAGGGGUUAGAGUGAACUCAGUGAAUCCGGGAGUCAUUAUCACUGAAUUACAUAAAAGAUCCGGUAUGGAUUCUAAGAAAUACCAAGAGUUUAUUGAUCGAACAUCGAAAUACUCUCCACUUCGCAAAAGUGGAACUACUAAGGAUGUUGCGAGAGCCAUUUAUUUUUUAGCUAGUGAUGAAUCGUCUUUCAUUACUGGUGAUCUACUGAGAAUUGAUGGUGGACGAGGCAUAGUACAUUUAAGAUGA